AUGGCCUCUCUUCCUUCUUCCUUCAAGGCUGUCGUCAUCGAAAACGCCAACGGGCCGUUCAAGAUUGCGGAGAGGCCCCUCAAGGCCCCCGCGGCAGGCGAGGUGCUCGUCAAGGUGCUGGCUUGUGGUGUGUGCUUUAGUGACGUCGCCAUUGCCAGCGGCGAGAUGGGCAGCGUCUUCCCGCGCGUCCCCGGGCACGAGAUUGUGGGCGACAUUGUGCAGGUCGGCGACGGCAUCAAGCACCUGACCGUCGGCCAGCGCGUCGGCGGCCCGUGGCACGGCGGCCACGACGGCACCUGCCGCGCCUGCCAGCGCGCGCAGUUCCAGAUGUGCGACAACGAGCUCGUCAACGGCUACUCCAAGGACGGCGGCUUCGCCGAGUACGUGCUGCUGCGCGCCGAGGCCACGGUCCGCGUGCCGGCCGACAUGGACCCCGCCGAGGUCGCGCCCCUGCUGUGCGCCGGCGUCACCGUCUUCAACGGCAUCCGCAAGCUGCGCGUCGAGCAGGGCGCCCUCGUCGCCGUCCAGGGGCUCGGCGGCCUCGGCCACCUCGCCGUCCAGUACGCCGCCAAGAUGGGCUACGAGGUCGCCGUCCUGUCCUCGGGCGACGACAAGGCCGACUUUGCCAAGCAGCUCGGCGCGCACCACUACAUCAACGCCAAGACCCAGGACGCGACCGAGGAGCUGAAGAAGCUGGGAGGCGCUUCCAUCAUUGUGCAGACAGCGCCCAACCCCAAGAUUGUCGGUCCUCUCGUCGCCGCGCUUGCCCCCGAAGGCAAGCUGCUCAGUCUCGCCCCCGUCGGCGCCGUCGAAUUUGACACUGUUCCCUUGGUCCUCAAGGGUGCCAGCGUCCAGGGCUGGCCCAGCGGUCACGCCCUUGACUGCGAGGAGGCUAUUCGCUUUGCCAGCACCCACGGCGUCAAGUGCAUGAUUGAGAAGUACCCCUUCGCUGAUGUGCAAAAGGCCGUCGACAGCCUGAUCGCCGGCAAGCCUCGCUUCCGCAAUGUUCUCGUUAUGCAGUAA